AUGAUUCACGAAGACGCUGGCCGCCUCUGCUUCAAAUAUGACGCCGAGAAAGUCUGGAUUGAACCUUGGGGCGACAAUGCCUUUCGAGUUCGCGCGACCAAAGUGGCAAGCAUGCCCACAGAGGACUGGGCAUUGAACAAGAAACCUGCUGAAAAGGCAGAUAUUGCCAUCCACGACACUCACGCAUGCGCUGUAAACGGCAAAAUAUCAGCUACCAUCACAAAAGGGGGCAAGCUCUCGUUCCACAACUCCGACGGCAAACUCCUCCUGGAGGAAUACACCAGGAACCGUCGAGAUAUCGUCGACCCCAAAUGCAGCGCCAUCGAGGUCGAGGCACGCGAGUUUCGGCCAAUCCCUGGCGGAGACUACCACUUGACCUACCGUCUAGAGAGCCUGGAUCUGAGCGAGAAGAUCUUCGGCAUGGGACAGUAUCAGCAGCCUUACUUGAACCUCAAAGGUCAUGAUCUCGAGCUCGCCCAUAGAAACUCCCAAGCCAGCGUACCGUUUGCCGUUUCGUCUUUGGGAUACGGACUGCUUUGGAACAAUCCCGCAAUCGGGCGGGCAGUUCUGGGAAGCAACAUAAUGAGCUUUGAGGCAUACUCUACCAAGUCUCUGGACUACUGGGUUGUAGCAGGCGAUACACCUGCCGAAAUACUCGAAUCGUAUGCGCGAGUCACGGGAACGGUCCCCAUGAUGCCAGAGUAUGGUCUGGGGUUCUGGCAGUGCAAGCUCCGAUAUCAGACACAAGAAGAGCUCCUGGAGGUCGCGCGGGAGUACAGGCGUCGACAGUUGCCCAUUGAUUUGAUCGUGAUUGACUUUUUCCAUUGGCCCAAGCAAGGCGAGUGGAAAUUUGACGAAACCUACUGGCCUGACCCAGACGCCAUGAUCAAGGAGCUGAAAGAUUUGCGCAUCGAACUCAUGGUUUCCAUCUGGCCCACCGUGGACAAGAAGUCGGAAAACUUUGAGGAAAUGCGGGAGCAAGGCCACCUCAUCCGCGUCGACCGUGGUGUCCGGACGGGAUUGGAUUUCGAAGGUGAAACCAUUCACUUUGACGCAACCAACCCCAGCGCUCGGCAGUACGUCUGGAACAAAUGCAAAGAGAACUACUUCUCCAAGGGCAUCAAGACUUUCUGGCUCGACGAGGCGGAACCAGAGUACACGGCCUACGACUUUGACAACUACCGAUACCACCUCGGCUCCAACCUCAGCAUCGGCAACGUCUACCCUCGUGACUAUGCCCGCGCCUUUUUUGAGGGCCAGGAAAAAGAGGGCCAAGAGAACAUUGUGAACUUGCUGCGAUGUGCCUGGGCCGGCAGCCAAAAGUACGGCGCUCUAGUGUGGAGCGGGGAUAUUGCCUCGUCGUGGUCGAGCUUUCGGAACCAACUCGCGGCCGGACUCAACAUGGGACUUGCCGGGAUUCCAUGGUGGACGACUGAUAUAGGAGGCUUCCACGGCGGCGACCCUACGGAUAAGAAUUUCCGGGAGCUGUUUGUUAGGUGGUUCCAAUGGGGCACCUUUUGCCCCGUCAUGCGACUCCACGGCGACCGUGAACCACGACAGCCUCAGCAAGGUACAACGGGAGGCGCGACCUGCUGCAGCGGCGCUGACAAUGAAGUGUGGUCGUACGGACCCGAAGUGUACGAAAUCUGCAAGACCUACAUGGGGAUUCGUGAAGAAAUCAGGGAUUACACUCGCGGGUUGAUGCGGCAGGCUCAUGAACACGGCACCCCAGUCAUGCGCACGCUCUUUUACGAGUUUCCCCAUGACGCAAAAUGCUGGGAGAUUUCUGAGCAGUACAUGUACGGUAACAAAUACUUGUGUUGUCCCGUGCUCGAGGCCGGGCAGACAAGAUUGGCCAUCUACUUGCCAGCCUUGCAAGAAGACCAGAAAUGGGUUUCAUUCUCCAACAAUACCAGCUACGAAGGUGGUCAGACGAUUCAGUUUGAUUGUCCUUUGGAUACUAUGCCGGUAUUCCUCAAGAGUUGA